AUCUCCUCUACAGACCACCAGAAGUGCAGCUUAAAAAGAGUGCACAGGCCAUGAUGCUCGGGAGCUUGCUGUUUGCCGUGUGUUGUAGCGCAGCACUGGCCCAUUUCAACACAAAUCUAGACCAGCACUGGGAGUUGUGGAAGAAGACACAUAAGUUUUACUACUCCACUUGGAAGGAGGGAGUUGUGGGAGAGAAACCAGAAUUUGUGAGCUCUUCUGGGGCUCCUGUCCCAGACUCUCUGGACUGGAGAGAGAAGGGAUAUGUCUCCAGUGUGAAGAACCAGGGUGCAUGUGGUGCUUGCUGGGCAUUCAGCGCCGUUGGGGCUCUUGAAGGUCAGCUGAUGAAGGCCACAGGAAAGCUGGUUGACCUCAGCGCUCAGAAUCUGGUGGACUGUUCCUCCAGUUAUGGCAACAAGGGCUGCAAUGGUGGAUGGAUGACUGAUGCCUUCCAGUAUGUUAUUGAUAAUGGGGGAAUAGACUCAGAAUCGUCUUACCCUUAUAAAGGAGUGCAAGGGCCGUGCAGAUAUGAUCCAUCCCAGCGUGCAGCAAACUGCACCAAGUACUAUUACGUCAGUGAAGGAGAUGAGGAGGCCCUGAAGCAAGCUGUUGCCAACAUCGGGCCCAUUUCAGUGGCCAUUGAUGCCACCCGCCCUCAGUUUGUCUUUUAUCGCAGUGGAGUUUACAAUGAUCCAUCCUGCACCAAAAAGAUAAACCAUGGAGUUUUGGCUGUGGGAUACGGUGCGAUUGCUGGACAGGACUUUUGGCUGGUCAAAAACAGUUGGGGUGCUGGAUUUGGAGAUGGUGGCUACAUCCGUAUGGCCAGAAACCAGAACAACAUGUGUGGCAUCGCCUUAUACCCAUGAUAUCCGGUUAUGUAGCUGAAAUCCUGUUGAAAUUAUGAAUAUAUCAAAAUAUUUUAAAAUCUUAUUUCUUAACUGUAAAUGUGUUAAAUAUGUUUUC